AUGGAGUUUAAGAACUCAAGAGAAGGAGUCGUCUUAAGAGUGUUAAGGGAUGCUCCGCCUAGUCAUUACUUAUUAAAAAUUCAGUCUUUCUCAUCUGUUAAGAAUUUAAACAAGUUCACUUCAAACGAUUUUGAUUCUGGGGGCUUCAAAUGGAAAUUGUGUCUCUAUCCAAAUGGGGACAAAGAGAAUAAAGGGGAAGGUCAUAUAUCUAUUUACUUAGAAUUGGCAGAAAUGAGUUCUCUCCCUAUUGGGUGGGAAAUCAAUGUGAUUUUCAAUUUUUUGUAUUUGAUCAGCUUCAGGACAAAUGGGAGAAUAAGGCGUUUCCAUUCAAUGAAGACAGAAUGCGGCUUUUCCAAAUUCUUGGACCUGGAAACCUUUCUUAAUCCAUCAAACGGAUACCUUAUCAAAGACACUUGUGUCUUUGGUGCAGAGGUUUUUGUUAUCAAAAAUACUUUUAAGGGGGAGUUUUUAUCAAAGAUGGAAGAUCCU